UUCCUUCUCCGGGUCUGCUCCCCGUUGCUCGAUGGCUGCUGAUCUGCGGUGGCGGUCUCCGAUCCUUCCGCCGCCUCUCUCUAUCUCUGCGACGGCUGCUGAUCUUGCCCCGGCAGAUUCAAGCCUCUGAUUCCUUCCGUCUCUCUCUCUCUCUCUCUCUGCUUUGUCUUCUCCCUCUGGCCGGUCUACUAUCUGCGACGGCGGCCUCUCGGCAGCUGCCAAAUCACUGCACAGGUGAACUCCGAGAGGUAACGAUUUUGAUUUCGAUUUCGGGGUUUUGUGGUGUGUUGAUUGCUGGACGCGUCUCAUCAUUAUCGGUGAGUGAAUUCAAUCAUUUCAUGGUUGGUUUGAAGUUAUUUGGGCGACUCAGCCGCUCCCAUUCGAGCUCUGUUAGUGAAAUUCAAGCUUUUCAUGCACAUCAGCAGCACUGAUGAUAUGUGCAGCAUUGAUGAUAGUAGCAACAGACUUAAUACUUGAUACAUUCCAUGGCGCGAGCUUACUGGUCCAUCUCAGUCCUACGCCAUGGCCACGGCGCUCCGCUGAGACCCGCUGCCCUAAUUCGGUUCCUCAGCACAGAGCCUGGAGUUGAUGCCGAAAAACUCAAUUCGAACGUUAGCAUGUCUGAGAUUGCCAAAAGGGUUUGUCACAUUACGAGGACUCGACCUAGAUGGGAGAAGACCCUGGCCUCGGAUUUCCCUUCCUUUGAUUUCUCCAAUCCGGUGUUCUUGCAAGAGCUGUUCAAGAACCAGAGUAAUUUGCUCAUAUCUAUCAGGUUCUUUUACUGGUCUCUCUCCCAUUAUGGUGCCCGGCUCGACCCCGGUUCCUGCGAGUUGCUCUUCGAUUCGCUUGUGGAGGCCCAGGCUUGUCAUGCUGCGAAGUCGUUCAUUGCUCAGACGGGUUUUGCUCCCCAAGCUGCCUCGCUUGAACGGUAUGUUAUUUGUCUCUUCAAGGGGGGCUUAGUUGAUGAUGCAAUGGAUGCGUUCCGCAGGUUGAAGAAAAAGGGACUUACCCUUAAGUCCAAGACGUGGAAUGUGGCGUUGUCAGCAUGUGUCAAGGCCGAGAGGACUGGCCUCGUGUGGGAAUUGUACAAGGAGUUGGUGGCAUCGGGUAGUUUAGUUGACAUGGGAGAGGAGACUGUCGGGCAUCUCAUUCGAGCUUUUUGUCUCGAUGGAGAAGUGUCGAGGGGUUACAAGCUGCUCAGGCUGGUCUUGGAAGAUGGGCUGGUCCCUCGACCGGUGGCCUUCAAUGUAUUGAUCUCUAGUUACUGUAAAAGGCGUAAAUUCGAUCGAGUGUCUGAACUCCUGCACUUAAUGAUUGAGAAGAACUGCACUCCUAGUCUUCCCACGUAUCAGGCAGUCAUUAACGGGCUGCUCAUGCGAUGGCAGCAGUUUGAGGCUCUUCGUGUUUUCAAUGAAUUAAAGGACAGAGGCUAUGCCCCAGAUCGGAUCAUGUAUGCAACUAUGAUUCACCGCCUUUGCGAGAUUGGAUGGGUUUGGGACGCGAGGAAGUUGUUGUAUGAGAUGAUCAGUAAAGGGUUUCUCCCAGAAAACACCAUCUGUAGAAUGAUCAACGCAUUCUUCAAGGUCGGUAACGUCGAAGUUGCCCGCAAGCUAUUUGCCCAGCUGUCAGAUAAGGGUCUUGGAGGAAGAACCAGCAUUUACGACACGAUGAUUUGUGGGUUGAUUUUCCAUAAAAAGAUAGAAGAAGCAUGGGACUUGUUUCAGGAAAUGCCCCAGAAGGGCAUUGCCCGUGAUUACUUGACAUACUAUGCGUUGAUUGGGUACUUUUUGGCAGAAGGGGAGAAAAAGGAGUGCAGAAAGCUCUGUAGAAAGCUCUUUGAUGAAGCCAUUGCGCAAUGUCUCUUGAAAGAGAUGGGGGAUGUAGAAGGAGUAAAGGUACUUUUGGAACAGAUGAAAAAGCAGCGCUUCACUCCAUUGCCUCUGGAUGAUCUUCUCAUUUGGGGAUUGUGCGGAAAAGGGCUUGCUGCUGAAGCAAGGGAUGGGCUUGUGAGCAUGCGAAAGAGAGAGAUCAAACCUCGGAUGGAAACCUUCGCGAGACUGCUUAAGUGUCUUACGGAAGGGAAUAGCGUCAAUAAUUCAUUUGCAGUCCUAGCUUUUAUGUUCAAGGCAGGUUGUCACAAAGUCGUAAGACGUCCACUCAUCCACAAGCUCCGUCAGGGGGAGUCGGGUCUCAUCGAAACAUAAAGAUUCAGCUGGAGUUUUGUCUAGGAGUAAAACGGUUCUGUUCCCAUUAAUGAUGUUCCAAACCAGCGAUACAUUACACUGAACGAUCCAUGCUGACCGAAGAUUCCGACAAAUGACAUGAUACAUACAUGAAAAUAUGGAGCAACAAUGAACUGCUAGUCUGCAAGUUGUUGUCAGCGGGUUGUUGAUGCGGGGAGGAGGGGGAGCGCUGGGGAUUGGGGAUUGAAAUUAAUUAAGAACAAGAAUAUUUCGGGACAUUUACAUUAUUUCUCAUAUGUAAUAAAAUUGAGAUAUGUGGA